GUGGUCAAAGUCAUCUGUCAUCCUUUGUUCUGUCAUAUGUCAUCGUGUAGUUUUGUAAAAAUAAAAAAGUAAAUAUUAAUAAUUCUUAAAGUUUAUUAAAAUUUGCUCAGUAAGAUGAAUUGUGUCCUUCAUAGAUAUUUUUAGGCAAAACAAUUUUUACAUAAUUUAAUUAACCUUAAAAAGAAAAAGCUAGUUAACCUCAAUAACAUCACAACAUGAAUGUUGCCGACUUACAAGACAGCGAUUCUAGCGACGAAGAUUAUAUUCCUAAUGAGAAAGUAGACGAUGUACCUUCAGAAAUUGAUGAAGACGAUCCUAUUUCUGAUGAAGAAACGAAUCAGAAAUCCAAGCGAAAAGGAAAAGCUGCAAAUAGGCUAAAACGACGCGAGAUUAUCAAAGAAGAAGCUAAAGAAACAAAUAAGGCUGUGAAUAAAGAAGAAAAGAACAAUGUUGACGAUCUUUGGGCUGAUUUCAUAAAAGAUACUGGUUUUAAAUCUAAAACUGAUGUAAAAUCAAAUCUGGCAGAACCAGAAUCUGAUAAACCUAAACAAACGAAAUUAAAUAAUUCUGAAAAUAGUACAGUAGUAACAAAGAAUCCUCAUGACAAAGUAAAAGUUACUCAAAUAUUUGAAUUUGCUGGUGAAGAAGUAAGAGUUGAAAAAGAGGUUAGGGCUGAUUCUGCAGAGGCUCGUUUGCUUAGUGAAAAGCAACCAUCACAUUCCAAUAGUAGUAAAAGAUCAGCUGGACUUAGUGGUAUUGGUAGUGUUUUAAGUCAGCUUUCCAAGAAACCCAAAAUUACUACUUUAGAAAAAACAAAAUUAGAUUGGGACAGCUAUAAAAGGGAUCACAGUAUUGAAGAGGAAUUAGAAACACAUAAUAAAGGAAAAGAUGGAUAUUUAGAAAGGCAGGACUUUUUACAAAGGACAGAUUUGAGGAGGUUUGAAAUUGAAAAAAGUAUUCGGGAUGUGGAGAGGAGCAAAAGAUUCAAUAGUACAUCAUAGUUCUUUUUUUCUAGGCAAUAUUAUUGCAUUGUUUCUUUGCUUUGUUUAAUAUAUUUUUAUUUCAGAAAUUUGAUUACUUAUAAUAAUAAAAUAAAUUAGUAAUAUACAAUUUAAAAUUUGAAAAAUGAUGACUUUUUU